CACAUAAAUGUUAACAAAAGCUUCCCAACCAAACCAAUUCAAGCUCCCAUGCUCCAUUUCUCUUCGAUCAAAUCCUUCUUCAAACCCAUCAAUAUGCUCUUCCUCUUAUCCCUCUUCCUUCUCUUUUCCCUACCCCAUGUCACAUUUUCUGCCCAUUGCACCACCUCCACCCCCACUAAAACCUUCCAAAAAUGCAUCACCCUCCCUACCCAACAAGCCUCCAUAGCAUGGACAUUCCACCACCACAAUACCACCUUAGACCUUGUUUUCUUUGGCACUUUCAUAUCCCCUUCCGGGUGGGUUGGGUGGGGCAUCAACCCCACCUCCCCUGAAAUGACCGGCACAAACGCUUUGGUCGCCUUUCCGGACCCUAGUACCGGCCAAAUAGUCCUCCUACCUUACCUCCUAGACCCAACCGUGAAGUUCCAACGCCGCCCUCUCCUCUCUCGCCCUCUUGAUAUCCGCAUACUCUCCUCCUCCGCCACCCUAUACGGUGGCAAACUAGCCACGGUCCAUAAUGGCGCCGCUGUCCAAAUCUUCGCCACAUUGAAGCUCGCGUCAAACAAGACAAAACUCCACCACGUGUGGAACCGCGGCCUCUAUGUCCAAGGCUACUCGCCAACCAUACACCCAACCACCGCAAACGACCUUUCGUCGGUGAUGACAUUCGAUGUCAUGUCAGGCUCAACGGCCGCACGUCACACCAACAUUGGUACACUCAGAUCAGUGCAUGGCAUCAUAAAUGCUGUUUCAUGGGGAAUCAUGCUACCCAUUGGAGCAGUGAUUGCACGCUACCUUAGGCACAUCCAAGCACUGGGGCCUACAUGGUUCUAUGUUCAUGCUGGGAUUCAACUGUUUGCUUUUUUCUUAGGAACUGUGGGGUUUGCCAUUGGAAUUAGGCUUGGGGAUUUGUCACCUGGGGUCCAAUAUGGGCUCCACAGGAAGCUUGGGUUUGCAGCAUUUUGCUUAGGUGCUCUUCAAACACUGGCACUUUUGUUUAGGCCAAAAACUACAAACAAAUUCAGGAAGUACUGGAAAUCUUAUCACCAUUUUGUAGGGUAUGGAUGUGUGGUGCUUGGGGUUGUGAAUUGUUUCCAGGGAUUUGAUGUGAUGGGAGAAGGCAGGUCUUAUGCUAAGCUGGCCUAUUGUUUGGGUUUGUCUACUCUGAUUGGGGUGUGUAUAGCUUUGGAGGUGAAUUCUUGGGUGGUGUUUUGUAGAAAAUCAAAGGAGGAGAAGCUGAGGAGGGAGGGUUUAAUUGGGGGCUCUGAUAAAGGCAGUGCAAUCUUCAGUUGAGCUUGAGAGAGAGACAUACAUAUACAGAUGGCAUAAUUACACAAAAUUAUGCUUGAGGAAGAACCCUCUUUUUAAUGUCAUGGAUCAUAUUUAUAGCUAGCUAGCUAGCCAGCCAGCCAACUACAUGUUGAAAAACAGUGCUUUUGUGGAAAGAAACUAAAAUUUUGGUUUGGA